CUUUGGGACUUUUUUUAUAUAGUAUUCUUUGUAGCUUGGCAACUGUUAGAAAAACAACAACAACAAUAAGUAACUGUUGCUAACUUAUUUUGCAGCAUGCCUGAUUAUUUUAGCCAGGAUACAAGUUUAAUUUUUGUUUGAGUUGUAUCCAGAUAAAUAGCAUUUUUAUGAUAAGCCAAAGAUGAAUCUGUUCUGCAAACUAAAACACUUUAAAUAAAGCUUGAAAAAAAAAGCUUGAGGUUUGGACCAGUAAGAACACAUUUAGCUGCUCGGGAGUAUCUUGUGUUGCAACAAAACACUAACACUAGGGGCGGCCAUCACUGUUUUCAAACUAAGAUUGGAUGAAGUGUAUUUGCUCCUCCUUUGCAGGCUACCGACCAGAGUAAAAAGCCCGAUAUUAUAAAAAGCAGAAAGCAAAACAUGCCCAAUAUUCUGCGCAAUAACUACUUGAAAACUACGGCUUUAAUCAACACUUAUUCUGUUUUGCUUUUGUUCUGAAGCCUAUGAAUCUAAGUCAAAAUAAUAUGUAAAUGUUAUUGAUAACAAUUAUAACUACAAGCAUCACCAUAUUAUUUCAACGACAGUCCGUUUCUAUUUUAAAUAAAAGCAACUAUUUUGUAAUAACGUAUUAAUUUCUGGCACUGUGGUGCAAGCUUAAAGAGAAAAUGAGGUUUAUUGUAAGGGCUCUGUAGUUGUUGUCCCUGUAAUUCUGCAGGAACCUUAAGGGUGGGGGAUUUUCCUCAACAUAACAACCAAACUGUGUGAUCACUACACCCUGUGGCGUCGAUCAAAUCCUCCUGCCAGGCAGUGAGCUUGGGGGAUGUUGUGGAUGCCGAUGCUUCUUUACUACAAACUUAACUACAUCACCAAUGGUGAUGGACAAGACAAGAAACUGCAAGAAGGCCUUUAAACUCCUGACUCAGUAGAUGUGGAACAUUUUCCCUGGUUGAAGAUUUUUCAUUUUGGAAUAGAAGAAGUGAAAUCUUUUGUCGGUCAGACCAAACAUUAGGUCAAAUGAAGAAAGCAGGAAAGUAAUUUGAACUGUUACAUCAGAGCUGCUCACCUAACACAUAAAGAGAACUGAGACGCUGAUGAAACAAUUUUAAGAGAAGAUGAAUCGCUACACCACCCUGAAGCAGCUGGGUGAUGGCACCUACGGCAGUGUGCUGAUGGGGAGAAGCAACGAGUCUGGAGAACUCGUAGCCAUCAAGAGGAUGAAGAGAAAGUUCUACUCAUGGGAAGAAUGUAUGAAUCUAAGGGAAGUCAAGUCUUUGAAGAAACUGAACCAUGCGAAUGUGGUGAAACUAAAGGAGGUUAUCAGAGAGAAUGAUCACCUCUACUUUGUUUUUGAGUACAUGAAAGAAAACCUGUAUCAGCUAAUGAAAGACAGAGAGAAUAAGAUGUUCACAGAGAAUGAAAUUAGGAACAUCAUGUUUCAAGUGCUGUCUGGGUUGGCUUUUGUGCAUAAGCAUGGUUUCUUCCAUCGAGACAUGAAGCCAGAGAACCUGCUGUGCAUGGGUCCAGAACUGGUUAAAAUAGCCGACUUUGGACUGGCCAGAGAGAUCCGCUCCAAACCUCCUUACACAGACUAUGUUUCAACAAGAUGGUACCGCGCUCCUGAAGUGUUGCUAAGGUCAUCUACCUACAGCUCUCCUAUUGAUCUAUGGGCUGUGGGCUGCAUCAUGGCUGAACUUUACACCCUUAGACCUCUUUUUCCUGGAAAUAGUGAAGUGGAUGAAAUCUUUAAGAUCUGCCAAGUUCUGGGCACCGUUAAAAAGAUGGAUUGGCCAGAGGGCUACCAACUAGCAUCUGCCAUGAAUUUCCGCUUUCCCCAAUGCGUGCCGACCAACUUGAAGACCCUUAUUCCAAAUGCCAGCAAGGAGGCUAUUGCACUGAUGCAGGACUUUCUGCAGUGGGACCCUAAGAAAAGGCCCACCGCUGUACAGGCCUUGCGGUAUCCUUACUUCCAAGUAGGCCAGGUGUUGGGGCCUCGUCCUCAGAGCCAAGAGGCUAAGAAGGUCAAAGCUUGUCCGAUGGUUCAGAAGCAGCUCUCUGAGUCAAAGACAGAUCCCCAGCAGUCAUCGUCAGACUCCAAAGCUUCCGCCUCUUCAAGAAACUAUUUGCAGCAUCAGCCUCUUCAGCAGAUCCAAAUGCCUCAGGUUGACAGUAAAACCGAAGGCAUCAGCCACGCAAAGGCAACAUCAAUGGGCAGUGAAAAUGCUGUAGGCGGCAGCGGGAUGGGGCUGCUGAAGAGUGGUCGUCGUCGCUGGGGUCAGGCAGUAUCCAAGACAUCAGACAGCUGGGACGAAUCCGACCAAUCGGAAACCGCCGCCUCCAACUCCAAGAAACCUAGCCUGGGGACUGCAGAGGGGGAUAGGAAACAAGAGCACUGCUCACAGCCCAAAGAGCAGAAACCUCUAUAUUCAUUUAGCACAGUUACAAAAAUUCCCAGCAAUGUUAAAGUUGGUCAAGCAGAUUAUAAUCUUCCUGGAUCAGCAGCACGGCAGCACUAUCUUGGCCAGUCUCGCUACCUGCCAGGUCUAAUUGGCAAGAGUCAGACUUCCUCUAGAGAGAAGGAGUUGAGUGCAAUGACACUGCGGGACCUGUGGGAGAACUCCUCACACAUUGCAAAUAAACCACUUUGCCCUAUUGGAGGAGGAUUAGCCGUCACCAGAGCUAAUGCAGAAGAGAAUGCCACUAAAUCGGUGGAUAGCACCCCAGAGAAAACAGUUGUCAAAGAAAGAAUAUUGGAGAAAAUUGAUCUGUCUAAAGGGAACUUUGUGAGCACCAAGUACAACCUCUCCAGUGGUUACAUCCCUUCUUUCCAAAAGAAAGAGGUUGGGACAGUGGGACAGAGAAUCCAGCUCGCCCCUUUGGCUGGCCAGCACUCAAUCAAUCUUUCUUCUAAUUCUUCUCCUGAUCAUAAAAAAGAAAAGACCAAAUCUGCAAAACUCAAGCCCAUUUCCAACUCUUCACUGAGUGAAACUAAUGAAGAUUACGAGGGCUGGAAGAGGCGGGCAGACAGGACUCAGAUGAAGGGCAGCAGCUUUUCAGCAUUGGGGAAAACGUCUGGUAAUCUCCUGAGCAGAGCUCCUGUGGUGCAGCCAGUUCACGGCCGGGUCGACUGGACAUCCAAGUACGGCGGAAACCGAUAAUCCAAGAAAACAGGGCGCAACGACUGUCUGCUGUCCUUGGAUUUGUGUCCUCAUCUUUGACAACAAAUAUAAAUGCUGAGCAGUUUUUGCCACCUAACUCAUCAAGCACGCAGGAUAAAUAUGUCACACCAAUAUGUGGUAAACCGACCAGCUUGUACAUGUUUGCCAAUACUGCUAGGGAGUCUCAAAGUAUUCUUUAGAGAUCCAGUAUGAGCAAGUCCAACUGUUAAUGCUUGCAUAUUUUAAGUAGGACUUGAACGCAUCAGAGAGAUGUACCUUUUUAAAAACUUUUUAUUUUGUUGUAAAUAACCGUUUGUCAAGAAGUCUGCAAAGCUAAGUUCAGACAGUUUCUGUUUUUGUGUUUAGGUUACAGUUGUGAAGGAUUCUCUUGAUACUGUAGAGCAACUCUUGGACUCUUUGUAUCAUGCAAUGAAAAAAAAAUGUAACAUUUUGUAUUUAUUUUAUACUAAUAAACAUAUAGAUGUUCAA